GUUCACCCUCCAAUCACCUUCGACUUGCUCGCAGGCCUCGAGCACCCGAAGACGCUUUUAUUUCAAUAUUUUCGUGUUUCCAGACCAUCUCUGCUCCUUUUCUUUCGUUCAUCUCCCCAAAUUUCUCAGUUGGGUGGUGUUCGGCACAGACGCAAAGUUUUGGAUCUUGUCCAUGUACCAGAUCUAACUCCUGCCUCGGGUCACAAGCAGUCACAGGGCCAGGAAUCUGAGUUCGCGCUGAGCAAGAUUAGAAAGCUUUGCGCGUCGCCUCCUGCCGAAUAUGGCUUCACAGAAUCACGCUGUCAUCGACCUUACUGGUGAUUUUCCACCACCUGAACCCCAGGAUCCUGAAUUGGGAUCGCAUGAAGAUCUCGAGGCAGAUAUCGGCCACAGUUUGGCUUUGAGACCUGCAUCUCGUGAUCAACGACAGGUCGGUCGCCUGACGGCCCAGCAAUCUGAGACCAAUUCUCCCCAGCAAUUGGUAACUCAGGGUCAAUCACUAAUAUCUCAUUUCUUCCGCCCUCGUCAAACCACGGCCGUAGGUGUUGCCGGUUCAGCACAAGUACUGGUACCAGCCCUCGGUCGCCAUCAGGCAUCGAUCCUAGGGCUCGGUCUUCCCUCCGCCGUGCCAGGUGUGUUUGGUCCUCGUGAAGCUCGGCUAUCUGGACCUGAUCCCAACCCCGCUGAGCCUCCGACUAGCGGAUUUGCCCACUGUUGCGCUCCAGCAGGCACUUGCAUCUGAUGUCGUUCCCCAUCAGAGCCGUUGCGCUCUGGUACCUGAUGUCGGUUCUCGCCCGGUAGGAGAGGGUCCCCGUAAUCCUAUUGUAAUCGACCGUGAUGGUGAUGAGUCGGCGGCUGUGGAGAACAUUGAUAUGCAGACAAGAAAGAUUCUGAAGCCACGCUCA